GUCAUAUGAUGUUGUAUUGAGCUUCUCAGCAGUUUUGCUGAAGCUAUUCAGAGUCUGUCCCGGGAGUCGAUCAGAACCGUUCCCGACCCGAAACUGCAGGAAAGAUGGCGCAGUGCUGCAUUGGUGCUUUUGUGGCCACGCUGCUCUUCACAUCGGGGUUCCACAGAGUCUCAGCUAAAGAGGCAUGGGAUUACGUGGACGUGCGUGAUGGAGCUCACAUGUUUUGGUGGCUUUACUACGCCAACAGCUCAUCAGCAAGCUUUCAAGAUCUGCCGCUGGUCAUGUGGCUGCAGGGGGGUCCCGGAGGAUCGAGCUGCGGUUUCGGAAACUUUGCGGAGAUCGGCCCUCUUGACGUCGACCUUCAGCCGAGAGAAACAUCCUGGGUGAAUGCAGCGAGUGUUUUAUUCGUGGAUAAUCCAGUCGGUACUGGUUACAGCUACACAGACUCGUAUGACGCUCUCACUAAAGACGUGGCAAUGGUGGCGUCGGACAUGAUGGUCCUCCUGAAGCAUUUCUUCUCGAAAACCCCCGAAUUUCAGAGCAUCCCUUUCUACAUAUUUUCCGAAUCUUAUGGAGGAAAGAUGGCGGCUGCGAUUUCACUGGAGCUCAACAAGGCCAUAAAGAAAGGCUUGAUCAAGUGUAACUUUGCAGGUGUGGCACUUGGAGACUCAUGGAUUUCUCCUAUUGACUCCGUUCUGACAUGGGGACCCUAUUUGUACAGCACUUCCCUGUUAGAUGAUUUUGGACUUGGUGAGGUGAUGCGAGCAGCUAAAGAGGUACAAAAGGCUAUUGAGGAGGGGCAGUAUGACACCGCCACCGAGCUAUGGAACGUCGCUGAGAACGUCGUAGAACAGAAUACCAACGGAGUGAAUUUCUACAACAUCCUCACUCAGAGCAGUGACAUGCUCAAAUUCACCACAGAAAACGAAGGCUAUAUGUCUGCUUUAAAACGCCGACAUGUUCGACCUCUGCAGGGCCAGUCACUCGACGCGCUGAUGAACGGACCAAUCAGGAAGAAGCUUGGCAUCAUUCCCAAUAAUGUGACCUGGGGAGGCCAGUCUGGAGAGGUGUUUUCCAGCAUGUCUGGAGAUUUUAUGAAGCCUGUAAUCGACAUUGUUGAUGAGCUUUUGGCUGCAGGAGUGAAUGUGACCGUCUACAACGGCCAGCUGGACUUGAUCGUAGACACCAUGGGUCAGGAACUUUGGGUGAAAAAGCUGAAAUGGGACGGACUCAACAAGUUUAACCAGAUGAAGUGGACGGCACUGGAAGACCCGCAAUCAGCAGGCCAAACCGGAGCUUUUUAUAAAACCUACAAGAACUUUGCUUUUUACUGGAUCCUCAAAGCUGGACACAUGAUCCCAUCUGAUCAGGGCCCGAUGGCACUGAGGAUGCUAAAGAUGGUGACACUGCAGGAGUGAAAAAAGGCUGCUUAUUCAUUGUAGACAAUCAACACACACCACCAAAAUCAGGGCUUCUACCCAACCCCGGCUUCACACCAAAAAUUCAGUUUCUGAGGAAGCUCUUGUUUGAUCAAACUGACUUUUAUUUUGUUUUAACUGGAAAAUAUCUUAAAUAAAGGAUCUUUUUUUUA